AUGUCUCAAAGAAUAAUUCAACCAAGCGCAUCUGACCAACAAUUCCCAGGUAAAUCUGAUGGAUAUGAAUAUACUGUUGGGCCUAAGCAAGCGAUAACAAGCGAAGCUUCAACAACAUACAUUCCCUCUAGAAUAUACUCAGAGUCUCUACUUUUCAAAAGGCAAGAAGCGUCUUUAUCAGCAAUGGCUUUCUUGUUCCAGGAAAUGAUUUCACAGUUGCAUAGAACAUGUAAAACUGCAGGCGAUUUUGAAACUAAAUUAAGUGACUAUGGCCACAAUAUUGGAAUUCGUCUAUUAGAACUGCUGAAUUUUAGGGCUUCUGUAUCUCCUAGUUCUCUUCCCAGAGCAUCUGCUUUCCUUUCACAAAAUGAAUCUUCUUCAAAGUUAUCAAAUGCGUCAAAUUCCCCGGGCAUGUUGGCUAACUCCAGCACAGCGACUUCUGCAUCUGCCAAUGAACGACUCCAAGAAAAGCAAACAGAAUCAUUGUCUAACUACAUUACAAAGAUGAGGCGCCGUGAUCUGAAAAUUCUCGAUAUACUGCAGUUUAUCCACGGUACCCUAUGGUCAUAUCUUUUUAAUCACGUAAGUGAUGAUUUGGUUAAAUCUUCAGAACGUGACAAUGAAUAUAUGAUAGUAGAUAACUUCCCCACUUUAACCCAAUUUAUCCCAGGUGAGAACGUUUCUUGUGAGUACUUCGUUUGCGGCAUUAUCAAAGGAUUCCUUUUCAAUGCUGGAUUUCCAUGUGGCGUGACAGCACAUCGAAUGCCCCAAGGCGGACAUAGUCAACGAACCGUUUAUUUGAUCCAAUUUGACAGGCAAGUGCUUGACAGGGAAGGUUUGAGAUUUGGCUGA